GCAUCCAACUUUGCAAAUUUGUUUUGUUCUUCAUCGAAGCCGUGCACAUGAGUACCACCGAUUUGAAAUAUUUGAAUGGAAAAGGCGCAACAUGUGUCAAAGGACCCGAUGCAGAUAACAAUAUUCAAAAGCAAGACAAAGCUGUUGAGGAGAAUCGAGAUGAACAGCAAUACCUGGACCUUAUAGAAAAAAUUUUGGCAACUGGCGUGGAUCGUUCAGACCGCACUGGGGUUGGUACCCGUUCAAUUUUUGGUGCACAGAUGCGUUUUGACCUCCGGAAUAACUUUCCAUUGUUAACUACCAAGCGCGUAUUCUGGCGAGCCGUUGCGGAGGAACUGCUCUGGUUUGUAAAUGGCCAGACAGAUGCUAAAAUACUUCAAGAAAAAAACAUACAUAUAUGGGAUGGGAACAGUACUCGGGAGUUCUUAGACAAAAGUGGAUUUUAUGAUCGCGAAGAAGGUGAUCUGGGUCCCGUUUAUGGCUUCCAGUGGCGCCAUUUUGGAGCCAAAUACCGCACUUGCAAAGAUAAUUACAAAGGUGAGGGCGUAGACCAACUUCAGAAUGUAAUUGAUACAAUUCGGAAUAAACCGAACGACCGUCGCAUUAUAAUGUCUGCUUGGAAUCCUCUUGACCUCCCACAAAUGGCACUGCCUCCUUGUCAUUGCCUAGCGCAAUUUUUCGUAGCCAACGGGGAGUUGUCGUGCCAAUUGUACCAGCGCAGCGCCGACAUGGGACUAGGUGUGCCAUUCAAUAUAGCCUCCUAUGCUUUGCUUACUUACAUGAUUGCACACGUCACUGGACUUCGCCCGGGAGAUUUCGUUCACACCCUUGGGGAUGCUCAUGUCUAUAAAAAUCACAUUGAGCCUUUAAAAGUACAGUUAGAUCGUAAACCUCGCCCAUUCCCUAAACUAGUUAUUAAACGUGAAGUGAAAACCAUCGAAGAGUUUACGUUUGAUGACUUUGAGAUACUGGACUACAAACCUUAUCCAAAAAUCUCUAUGGAAAUGGCAGUUUAAUAUAAGACCAAAAACUUACUAACGCACCAAAUUGCCGUAUUACAUCACUUCAACGCUAAUUACAUUUUAUGCUUUAUAUUUUCAGAAAAUAUUUUGCUAAAUCUUGUUAAUUUUUUUCAUGAUUCAAUAAGUAAAAUAUAAACACAGAAUGACGAAAAUAAACUUUGGCAAAUAAUGUCUGGUGCCCAUACCGAA